AUGGCGAGCCCAAUGACGCCGUCCCAUGUUGUUAUUGCCUAUGAUGCGACCAGGGACAGGGGUGAGCCGGAGCUUAAGCUCACUGUCGAUAGUCUUCGAAUGAGGGGUGACAUUUUACGUUCAGGAGAUACCAUCAUUUUGCUGGGCGUCUUGCACAGGGUGGUUCACCCCAUGGGAUAUCAUUCAAAACCAUCCCCAGAAUUUUUUGGAACAAGCAUUCGUGCAGUGGAGGAAGAAGUUACAAAGAAAGUUGACGUGUAUGUUAACAUGCUUCUUCAAAGUGCCGAAAAGUGUGAAGAUCAAGGGGUCAGCGUUGAAGUCAAAGUUACUGCUGGUUUUCCCAUUAAACAGGUUAUUUUGCAAGAGAUUAUGGCCUGUAAUGCAGCUUGGGUUGUGCUUGAUAGGCACCUUAGACGGGAUAUGAGGUUCUACCUUAAGCAGAUACCUUGCAAGGUUGCAAUAAUUCAAGAUAGCUUGGCUGUGGAUGUUGUGAGACCUCAUACAGCAGAUGAUACUGAUACCAUAGAACACAAAUUGUUUUAUUCAUUAUCCAAGCCUGUUCCGCCAUUCACUUGUCCAGGUAAUGGAAACAAUGAGCACUCAUCCAUCGCUUGCAGAAGCUACUCUGUAUCCGUUGGUGCACUGGAAAGCUCUGAUAUGCUUAAUACCAACUUGAUAACUUCAUCUACAUUUAAGUUACGAGACUAUAGUCCUUUGUUGGAUCUGGCGUCUUCCUCUAAGCAAGAAAAUUCAGGCGCAAAAACCAAAGGAGACGAUAAACACUCCAUUGUUCCCCAAAUCAACCAGAAACAAAAUAAAAAUGUCUUCCAACACCGAUCUUCGGAGGCCCCAAUUCUUUGUUCCAUCUGCGGAACAAGGACUGAAAUGUAUAUCAAAGAUUCUAUGACAUUCUGCUACUCAGAGAUACAGCUAGCAACAAAUGAUUUUUCAAAGGAAAACUUAUUAGGAGAAGGUGGAUACGGUCAUGUGUAUAAAGGUGAGCUCAAGGAUGGACAGCAGAUUGCAGCAAAGGUGCGGAAAGAAGCAAGUCAACAAGGCUUUACAGAAUUUCACUCUGAGGUCUAUGUCUUAAGCUUUGCACGCCACAAGAACAUAGUCAUGCUGUUGGGCUAUUGUUGCAAGGAGAAUCUAAAUAUCUUGGUUUAUGAAUAUAUUUGCAACAACUCUCUUGAGUGGCACUUAUUUGAUGAUAACACAGCAGUCCUCGAAUGGCACCAAAGGCAUGCUAUCGCCAUUGGAACUGCAAAAGGAUUGCGUUUCCUGCAUGAAGAAUGUCGUGGAGGUCCUAUAAUUCAUCGAGACAUGCGACCAAGCAAUAUACUUCUUACACACGAUUAUGUUCCCAUGUUAGGUGAUUUUGGCCUAGCCAAAUGGAAGAUGAGUGAUGAUCCUGUGCAGACAAGGAUACUUGGCGCAUUAGGCUACCUUGCUCCAGAGUAUGCAGAGAAUGGUGUUGUUUCUGUACGGACAGAUGUAUAUUCAUUUGGCAUGGUUCUGUUACAACUAAUAUCCGGACGCAAGAUUAUUGAUUCAAAACGGAAAGAAAAAGAUGAAUCCCUACGGCAGUGGGCAGAACCAAUAAUCCAGAGGCUAGCACUACAUGAACUCAUUGAUCGUCGUAUUGGAGAUUCAUAUGACACAUAUGAAGUGUACCUUAUGGCUAAAGCCGCAUACUUAUGUGUGCAAAGAAGCCCUGAAAUGCGUCCAUCAAUGGGAGAGGUUGUCCGCAUUCUUGAAGGCGAAAAUGACCAUUUCCACCACCUAGGAGAGCACUUUGUACCUCAUUAUACAAAGUGAAGGACA